AUGGCCAUUGGUGCUCUCUUUGAUUAUUCGUUCGCUGAAUGCACUCGUGGUGCUGCAAUGCACCCACUACCCUCAUUGUCUCCUUUGAUUCCUCCCUUCUUCCCCUCUCUCUUCACUUCCUCCCCUCUCCCCUCCCUUCCUUCCUCCCCUCUUAUCUCCCUGUCUCCUAUCCUCCCCCUUCCAACCACGAUCAAGGCGGUGGUGGCUGUGGGGGGCAAUGAUACGCUGCAUAUCUCACUCACCCCACACAUCUCAUUCUCUCACCCCAUCCACCCAUCUCACCACGAGAAGGCGGUGGAGCAGGGGGCAGAGGCGGUGGUGGCUGUGGGGGGAGAUGGCACACUGCACAUCUCACUCACUCACCCCACGCAUCUCACACACUCAUCCACUCACCCAUCUUAUUCACGAGCAGGCGGUGGAGCAGGGGGCAGAGGCGGUGGUGGCUGUGGGGGGAGAUGGCACACUGCACGAGGUGAUGUGACCUUUUAUACUGUCGUGAACGGUUUUUUCUCCAACGGGCAGCCCGUGGUUCCUCGGGCAGCUGUUGCGCAGCAAGCGCUGCGGACUGGGGACGAGGUGCAGCUGUCAGAAGAGCUCAGGGAGCAACAAGCAGCGGCGCACAUGGAGCCUUCAAACGGGCAGCGCAGGGCAGUGGACGUGGGGCGAGUUCAGCUGCCUGCCUGCUGCUCUCGUCUCACCCCUCCUCCUCACCAACCCCCCUGGGUCCCUCCCUAUGACCCAACCGCAGGGCAGCGCAGGGCAGUGGACGUGGGGCAAGUUCAAUUGCCUGCCUGUGCCGUGGACCGCUGCUUCAUCAACGUGGCCGAUGUGCACCUGAGCGCACGUGUGGGGCGAGCAGCAGUUUCCUUGAAGGCCCUGGGGCCUCUCUGCUACGCUGUGGCGGCUUUUAAGGCGUUUCCUAAGCACCGGAACUUAGACCUAAGCAUCAGGGGCAGGAUAGCUUCUCAACUUCUCAGUCUCUCACCCUUCCUCUCACUCUCCCUUCCACCCUCCCUCCCACCCUCCCCUUCAUCCUCUCACCCUCACUUCCACCCUCCCUCCCACCCUCCCCUUCAUCCUCUCACCCUCCCUUCCACCCUCCCUCCCACCCUCCCCUUCAUCCUCUCACCCUCACUUCCACCCUCCCUCCCGCCCUCCCCUUCAUCCUCUCACCCUCCCUUCCACCCUCCCUCCCACCCUCCCCUUCAUCCUCUCACCCUCCCUUCCACCCUCCCUCCCACCCUUCCCUUCAUCCUCUCACCCUACUUCUAA